AUGAUCUUCACCGCCUUUUUCACGCGCGGGAUUCAAGCGGCCCUCGGUUCGAGAAAGCGACGUCGGGAUCAGGCUCCGGAGGAAACCAGCAUCGAACUUGUGGGCGUCAUACAUACUAGCCCGAGCCACGCGGCGCUCAACCCGCCGCCCAACGCCCCCACCCGCCCGGCGACCGUACUCGGCGGGUUAACCGCGCCUCCGUCCCCGCAACUAAACACUCCCGAAGCUUCAUCGCCGACGACGCCGGUGGACUCGGAGGAUGAAGGAUCGCAGGAGAGCUACCGGCCUUCCAUCACCUCGGUGCUGGCUCCUCGGGUAAGGUUAUGGGCUGCGCGGAUCUCCGGGAACUUUAACACCAUCAUCUACGCCUCAAUUCUACUGGCGGGUCUUCCCGUCUACUACGUAACAGGAUACGCGAUGCCCGCUCAGCUAGGGGCGUGCGUCCUCAUCUACCUAGCCUCGCUAUACAUCCCCAUGCGACACCGCGCCUAUCUCCACCCACUCAUCGUCUCUUCGGGCUCCUCCAUAUUAGCCAUCUGGUCCUUGGCCGCCAUUCGGGGGACUCCUUGCAGACGGCGCUCCGCGAGUUCAAGACCGGCAUGA